AUGAUUAUAGUUGUUGAUAAUGAUUUCAGAAAUUUAAUAGUGGCAGUAGCACUUUUAGAAGAUGAAACUGAAGCUACAUUUGCCAGAAUUUUAAAUGAAUUAAAGGUUGCCUGUGAGAUUACUUUAACAGUAAUAUAUUUAGACUUAGACCCUGCCUUAAUAUUAGCUAUAU